AUGAUCAAUAAGACCGACAUGGUUGCUCCUGUGCAGACGAGAGAGUUCUACAAAGCUGAGGAACAUGCACAAUUCCUCCGCGGUUUCGUCACAGAAAUCCGAGGACGGCUUGACUCCGGAGUCGGCGACGAACUCUUCAAGAAGUAUCGAGCCCUCGAACACGAGCAUCAAGGCCAGUACCGAACCAUUGUGGUCGGCGCCUUGAUGAUGCGUGGUGGAGCCAAGAUCAAGGCAGACGACAUGCAGCGUCUACGCGACCUCGUUCCCAAGAUGCCUUGCCAAUAUCGCUUUGCCUUGCCGAUGAUGGACUUUGGUUUCCGUGACCCCGGAAAAGCGCAAUUCCUUGCUGCACUCGACAACUAUCAGCCGGGAACGCCUCGAGACUUUGACGAGCCAAGCUGCUUCCAUUGCGGCAAGAUUCACGCAGACCACGGUAUGAACCUGAAGGAGUGCGGUCACUGCCAGGCUGCCUGGUACUGCGGCAUCGACUGUCGAAGGACCCAUCGCAAGAUCCACAAGACUUCGUGCAAGGCAAUUUGGGAGAAGGUUCUUGCCAACGUCUAG